CCAACCGAGGCGCUGGCCCGGGCCCCAGUACCAGUCCCAGCCCCUGCCCCGGUUCAGGCCCCAUCUUAGUGCUUGCUCCCCUCCCUCUCUUUCUCUCUCCCUCGCUGGCGGGAGCGGACUCUGGGGGCCCAGUGGGAGCAGUGAUUGGAGAGAAGGGGUAGGGAGACCUAACUGCACCCCAAUUCUGCCAGGAGAGGCCCCUGGGCGGGAUCCUGAGAAUCCAGAGAGAUCCCCCAACUCCAGCCCUACCUCUCUGACUGUGCCCCAACUUAAGAGAGUCUUAUGGUCUCCACACUUUCUAGAUUAAACUACUCAGAAAGAAGGAUAGACUAUACCCACACCUCGGGAGGAGAAGCAAAAACACUUUUGGAGUUCUAAUCUGGGGCGUCUUCUGGAUCCUUGCGCUCCCCCCGUAUGGUGGGGUACUGAAAGGACUGCGAGCAAAGAAAGCGGUGCGGGGGGCAAGAACUGUGCUUCUAAUCAGAAGGUUUCAGACCUGGGGGGGCUCGCGCCCCCCAUACUCGGAUCUAAUUGGGAACCAGGUGGCGCCAUGGAGUUUCGAGCGCUGCUCUGCUGGGCGUCCUUGGCUUCUGCGCUAGAAGAGACCCUCCUGAACACAAAGCUGGAGACGGCAGAUCUGAAAUGGGUUACUUAUCCUCAGGUGGAGGGACAGUGGGAAGAGUUGAGCGGACUGGAUGAAGAGCAGCAUAGUGUUCGGACAUAUGAAGUAUGUGAUGUACAGCGGCCACCGGGGCAGCCCCAUUGGCUUCGAACAGGUUGGGUGCCCCGGAAAGGGGCAAGAACUGUCUAUGCCACCUUACGGUUUACCAUGCUGGAAUGCCUAUCACUGCCCCGGGCUGGGCGUGCCUGCAAGGAGACUUUCACUGUUUUCUACUAUGAGAGUGAUGCUGACACUGCUACUGCCCACUCACCGUCUUGGAUGGAGAACCCCUAUAUCAAGGUGGACACAGUUGCAGCAGAGCACCUGACUCGGAAGCGUCCAGGGAUUGAGGCAACUGGGAAGGUGAAUGUGAAGACCCUGAGACUGGGCCCUCUCACCAAGGCUGGUUUCUACCUGGCCUUUCAAGACCAGGGUGCCUGCAUGGCCCUGCUAUCCCUCCACCUCUUCUAUAAGAAAUGCCCCCAGCUGACCGUCAACCUGACCCACUUCCCUGAGACUGUACCUCAUGAACUAGUGGUGCCGGUAGCUGGGAGCUGUGUGGCAGAUGCUGUCCCAGCCUCUGGCCCUGGUCCUAGCCUCUACUGCCGGGAAGAUGGCCAGUGGGCAGAGCAACCAGUCACUGGGUGUAUGUGCUCUGCUGGCCACGAAGCAGUUGAAGACAACACCAAAUGCCGAGCCUGUAUGCAGGGAGCCUUCAAGCCUCUUGCAGGAGAGGGGUCAUGCCAGCUAUGCCCAGCUAAUAGCCAGUCCAACUCCUUUGGCUCCACCAUUUGCCAGUGCCGCAUUGGCUACUUUCGUGCCCCCAAAGACCCCCUGGGAGCUCCUUGUACCACACCGCCCUCAGCCCCACGAAGUGUAGUGGCCCGUCUCAACGGCUCAUCUCUUCGCCUGGAGUGGAGUGCUCCUCUUGAAUCAGGAGGCCGAGGGGACCUGACUUAUGCCCUUCGUUGCCACGAAUGCCAUCCACGCGGCUCUUGUGUACCAUGUGGAAGAGAUCUGACCUUUGAUCCAGGUCCUGAAAACCUGGCAGAGCCCUGGGUAGGAGUUCAAGGGCUCCGUCCUGACUUUACCUAUGCCUUUGAGGUCAUGGCCAUCAAUGGGGUGUCCUCUGUGGCCCUUGGGCCCAUUCCGGUGGAAGCAGUCAAUGUCACCACAGAUCGAGAGGUACCACCUCCAGUAUCAGAUAUCCAAGUGACAGGAGCAUCCCCCAGCAGCUUAAGCCUGACUUGGUCCAUUCCCCAUCCAUCCAGUGGGGCUGUGCUGGAUUAUUCCACUGCACCCUUGUCUUAUUUCUCCCUCUCCCAAUAUCACCCUUCCACUUGUCAGCUUAAUGAUGGACAGUUCACAGCCAUCCAGCUGGUGGGCAUGCUGCGGGGCAUCGCUUCAGGCAUGCGAUACUUAGCAGAGAUGAGCUAUGUGCAUCGAGAUCUAGCUGCCCGAAACAUUCUGGUCAACAGCAACUUGGUCUGCAAGGUUUCUGACUUCGGCCUCUCCCGAUUCCUGGAGGAGAACUCCUCUGACCCCACCUACACCAGCUCCCUGGGUGGCAAGAUCCCCAUCCGUUGGACAGCCCCUGAGGCCAUUGCCUUCCGGAAAUUCACAUCAGCCAGCGAUGCUUGGAGUUAUGGGAUUGUGAUGUGGGAGGUCAUGUCAUUUGGGGAACGUCCAUAUUGGGACAUGAGCAAUCAAGAUGUCAUCAACGCCAUUGAGCAAGACUACCGGCUACCCCCACCCUCGGACUGUCCCACCUCCUUGCACCAGCUCAUGCUGGACUGCUGGCAGAAGGACCGAAAUGCACGACCUCGCUUCCCCCAGGUGGUCAGUGCCCUUGACAAGCUGAUUCGUAACCCUGCCAGCCUCAAAAUUGUGGCCCGGGAGAAUGGAGGGGCCUCCCAUCCUCUCCUGGAUCAGCGGUUGCCUCAUUUCUCAGCCUUUGGCUCAGUGGGUGAGUGGCUUCGGGCGAUCAAGAUGGGUCGAUAUGAAGAGAGCUUUGCAGCUGCUGGGUUUGGCUCCUUUGAGCUGGUCAGCCAGAUCUCGGCAGAAGAUCUACUCCGGAUCGGCGUCACUCUAGCUGGACACCAGAAGAAAAUACUAUCAAGCGUCCAACACAUGAGAUCACAGGCCAAGCCUGCAGCCCCAGGAGGGGCAGGAGGACCAGCACCCCAGUACUGAUCCCCAUUUCUUCUGCUGCUCCUCCCCAGGAGCUCACAUCCCUGGAACAAUCCCAGGAACCCAGGAUUCCUAACCUGUUCUUCCCCAGCAGAGUUGAGGUGCCACCAUACUCCUUAACCCUGCUGGAUUGCACUUUGAACCCAUGGGGGAUGGAACUUUGGAGAGACCAGAUUUGGGGAUUCAGUCACAUGGGAGUGUUCGAGGAGAGUUCGUGGAGCACAUAUCCACUUCUCCCAGGAUCUCCCAGGCUUUCCUUCAGAACUGGUUAUCGCUUGAGGGAAAGGAAACAAAAGUUAUCCAAUCUCCAGUCUCUUAACUCUUGCUCUCCACCCUAUGGUUGGGAGAGAGGGGUGAGCAUAGCUCCCUUUCAGGGUCCUUCUCAUCAUUGAACAGGACUCCUCAGGUGCUUCUCUCCCACCCCUAAGAGGCCAUACUCCACACAGACCAAAGAGAGGACAGAGAGACAGUCCCAUGAUAUCAGAAGUGGAAUGAUGUCGCAGGAGGCGGGAGUCAACUGUGAACAUGUUGGUGUUGCAUAUGACAUCAUUUUCCUGGCUGUUUUGUUAUCCUCCUAGAAGUGAUAUCGUCACCCCACUUCAUGUUUUUUACCCUGUAAAUGCCCCUACCCCACAUCUGCUGCCUUCAUAUUGAAGGUUUUUUGUUUUUUUGUUUCAUCUUUCUGUUUCUUCCCAGUUCUUGUCACAACCUGAUGUCUCAGGGGACCUGUCUCCUUUGUUGUUCCUCUUUGUAUGCCCAGACUGGGAUAGGAGGUUACAGUGUACCUGCCUGAUCUCUUGAACAGUACAUUUGUCACAGCCCAUCCUCCCAAGAUGGGGCAUCUCAUUCUGGUCUUGCCUUAUAAAGGGAUUACCAGAAGAGGACAAUGGGGAAGGGUUGAAGGGAAGGGCCCUGGCUGACAGAAGUUCCUUGGAGGGGUUCUUAAAUUAUAAAGAUGUUGAGGGUGUUUUUUGUUUUUUGUAUAAAUAAAAGAAAACUAAGGAAA